CGCGCUGCCCCCGCCCAUGAGGGAGCCGGGGCCGCCUUCCCGGGAGCGGCAGAAGAUGGCGGCGGCCGCGGGCUGGGCGCUGCUGGCCCUGGCGCUGUGUCUGAGCGCGGCGGCCGCGACCGGCGGCUCCGAGGGGAAGCGGCCGCCCAAGAAGAAGGACAUUCGGGACUACAACGACGCGGACAUGGCCCGGCUGCUGGAGCAGUGGGAGAAAGAUGAUGACAUUGAAGAGGGAGAUCUCCCUGAACACAAGAGGCCUCCAGCACCUAUCGAUUUCUCAAAAAUAGAUCCAGGCAAGCCUGAAAGCAUCCUGAAGCUGACAAAGAAGGGGAAGACUUUGAUGAUGUUUGUCACAGUGUCAGGAGAUCCAACAGAAAAGGAGACAGAAGAAAUCACCAGCUUGUGGCAGGGCAGCCUCUUCAACGCAAACUACGACGUGCAAAGGUUUAUUGUUGGCUCCAACCGCGCCAUCUUCAUGCUGCGGGAUGGUGGCUAUGCCUGGGAGAUCAAAGACUUCCUGAUCAGUCAGGAAAGGUGUGCAGAUGUUACUCUGGAAGGUCAGGUCUAUCCUGGCAAAGGAGCAGAUGGAAAUGAGAAAGUGAAAAACAAAACAAAACCUGAAAAAGCAAAGAAGAAAAAAGACACAGAGAAGAAAUCCAACGGCGUCAAAGAGGACAACCGAGCAACCAACCAGAGAGAGGAGCUAUGACAGCCACGGUGCCCAGACUGAAUCCUGCUCUGCUGCUCCUUGAAGGGAAUCUGCUACUGAGUCCUGGGUUUUGGGGAGGAAGGAAGCAG